GCAAAAUGGCUGAUAUACCUGACCAAUCAGAGCUUCACGAUUCUAAACAUCUACAUGGUGACGUCACUGAUACUCGCAAUACGUCACUACAGAUCCACACGACGAGUGACAGGCGAUGACACACCCUCGGCAACCACCGAAACAUCGUUCGACGACGGCGCCGCUAGAUGGCAGCACAAGCUCGCCUGGGUGCUCUUCAACAUGGCCGCCAGUCUGGCGUUGGCCGUCACACUUGGUUACUGGAUCACCGACUACAACCCGUCUCACGUCAUUUCCGCCGACAAUCUUAUCAAGCACGGAAUCAAUGCCGUCGUCAUCAUCGUCGACGUCGUCGUCGUCGCCACACCCGUCCGUCUGCUUCACAUCUGGCAGCCCGCCGUGUUUCUGACCUACUACGCAAUCUUCACGGUCGUCUACUGGGCGUCGGGCGGCACGAACGAGGCUGGCGCCCCCUACAUAUACUCGACGAUCAACUACACCGACGCGCCCGGCUCGGCCGUCGUCUACCUGCUGUUCGGUUUCUUGACGUCUCUUCCGUUCACACACGUGAUCGUCUUCGUCGUGUAUAAACUCAGGGUUCUGCUGCUGACGUCACGGAGGUCACGUGCGCCGGCGCAGGAGGCGACAGCGGCGCCUCUAGCGGAUAUUAAGGACAGCCCCGAACGCCCGCAAAUUCCGUAAAAUCUCUCACUAAUAUA